AUGUUCACUGGUUCUGAUGCCAUCAAUACCCUCUACUCCAAACUUGCCUACGUUGAAGAAAUCAACGGUUGUGUCCAGGUCUCCGGAACAUCUUACACUCGUCUCGAUUUCUUCGCUCGCCUCCGAACCGUUGUUUGUACUAACUCAAGUCUCUCGGUAGAUUUUAUGGUUGCCAACAACUCAGCUCUUGAGCGCCUUGCCAUGCCGGUUCUCAGAGUAAGCCGUCUGGGACUCACGUUCAACCCGAAAUUAUGCAUCACGUCUGAGGAAGGGGCAAGGUACACAAAUGUGCAGAGGGGAGCGGCGGAUAAUUUCGCAAUUUGCCAAGGGAGAGCAGGAGUCUUGAAAGAGUGCAACUCAACUCAAAAUGGAAUGAACGCUGGACUCCCGGACGGAUGUGAACUUAUUGUUGGAAAUUUGUACGUGGAGGGUACCAACAACCAGAAUAUCACCGACAAACUUCAAUAUGUCAAAGAAGUCUACGGAAGAGUUUACAUUCGAUCCACCAAUUUGAACACUUUGGCGAUUCCACUUCUGGAAAAAGUCUACGCAUCGGAACCAAUCGCAUCAGCUACUCUCGAACCAACCAUCCUUGUUGCAAGCAACACCAACUUCACAAAACUUCAAGUCCCCAAAAUCAACUUCAUGGCGAAAAACGAGCUGGCGUUCAUGACUUCCGAUAUGUCGUAUGUCAUGGAUCAAGAUCUAUGCAAUCAGUUGUCCCCCUACGGAAAUGUGAUGUCAAAUGGAACAGUCUGUGUUGCGAAACACACAUCAGACCCGAAGCUGUGGUCGUCAAUUAUUGCCUCGCUUGCCAUCUACCUCUCGGUCGUCGUUUCGUAA